UCGAUAUCCGGCCAGCUACGGCCAUGAUCCCUAUUUAUCAUAUAAAAGUUUUCGUUUGCUGAGCCAACAAAAAGAAAGCACUCCAUGCAAUUUCCGGCCAAGUGCCCGCAAACCUGGCCAGUUCUGUCCAACAGUUUCUUCACUCUGCAACUCUGUAAGACGAAAUUUGCCCGCUAUUACUGCAUCACAGUACUAUUCACCUUCUUCGCCAUCUCCCUUCCAAAAGUCAGUCCACCGAAGCAGCUACGAAGCUUCCCUCGUCCCCAUCACCACCUUCACCAAAGCAAGCGAAAAAAGUUCAUUUUUUUUCAAUAUUUACCGAUAAAAAACAUUUCUUUGAAAACCAUCCUUUUUUUUUUACAUUGAUGAUAGCGAUCUGCGCGCCUAAAAACAGAAUGAACAAGUACUGUUCGUAACCAGUAUUUCAAUCCCGAAGUCCUGCGAAGCUUCCUCGAAGACCACUGCCUUGACUCCUCUGUUUUAACCAGCCCAAGCCCCCUCCCAACCCCUACAAAUUCUCCAUCCCUCAGUUCACUCUGCAACGAAGGGAAGAUAAUCUAUGAGGAUCGUUAGUUGUCCUCCUUCCUUUUUAUUCGGCUCCUCCAAGAAAAAGAGCCGAGGUGAUGCUUCCCCAUCCUUAGGCUCCAAUUCCGCUUCAUCCCCUUCCGAUGAUCAUCAUCACAUCGCCACCCCCAAGUCCGUUCUGUCUCCCAAACCCCGCCGCAGAGCAAUGCCCAGAGAGGAGCAGAGCAGCUCUUCAUCAUUCAGUUAUGAGGCGGAGAACACAAAGGUAACGCGGCGAGAACUAGAGAUCGUGCUUCGGCGGCUUCAGCCGAAACCUCCGACGGAAGAGGAGGUUGCGGAGAUGUUAGCCGAAGCGGACCGGCGUGGAGACGGUCAGUUCAGCGUGGAGGAAAUCGCGGCGCUUGGACUUGAAACCGGCGGCCCUGCUUCCCCUGAUCUUAGACAAACUUUCGCCGUGUUUGACGGCGAUGGAGAUGGAAAAAUCUCGGCUGAAGAGCUCCGUGGAGUGUUCGCCACGCUCGGGGACGAGGUCUGCACGCUUGAGAACUGUCGGCGGAUGAUCGGAGUGGUGGAUACCGACGGCGAUGGUUUUGUUUGCUUUGAUGAAUUCGUGAGGAUGAUGCGGGGUCAGAGUUAGAAUUGGCUGGUCGGAUAUGCGUGCAUUUGUAUUACCGUGUUCUGUAUUGUUGUAUCUGUUAGUUGUUUUAUAGGUUUUAGCUGUUUUGUCUGAGAAAAAUUUACUAGGAUGUAAGUAGGACUGCGUAGGUCAGAGAGAUUAUCUAAGAGCGUAUUGAGGGUUAUUUUCGUGUUAUAUCUCUUAUAAUCUCCUUGUAACUUAUCUGUUUAGUUCCGCACUAAUGUUUUCAUAUAUCUGUUACAGGUAGGUUACGGGGUAUAACGCUGAUAUAAUCUUCAAUAGCCUCUUAUUAACCUCCUUGACCUACACAGCGCUGCGUACGUCUUCUAUACGAAAAUUUUUCUCGUUUUGUGGAUUUGGGGGGAUGGCAAUGGGUGCUUGUAAUUACGAUUUACGAUGUUCAGCCAAGUGUGCCAUACCUUUCUGUU